AUGUCAACUUUCUACGUGAAGGACACAGGUGUCGAUGAGGUCGGUGCCGGUAGCGAGACCAAGCCAUUCCAAACUGCCGCUUACGCGAUUUAUACCGAUGCAAGUGCCAAAGUGCUCGUCUACAAAGAGGACGAGGAGACCAAGGGGUUUGUAGAGAUCUCGUCAAGUGCCCUGAAGAAGGCUAAGAAGGGUGCCGAGGGUCUUAAGAAGAAGGCAGAGAAGGCCAAAUUGGCUGCUGAACAGCAAGCUGCAAGAGAUGCCGAAGAAACUGCAAAGAGACUGGAGGCCAUGAAGAUUGAAAUCAAGGAGGAUGCGUCCUUGCCAGAGGCUAAGAGAUCCAAGAUUAAAGAUUUGUCUCUCGAUAGUGGUAGAGUCAGAGUCUCUGGCUGGAUCCACAGAUUGCGUCUCCAUAAGGAUAAGGCCUUCUUGGUCAUCAGAGACGGUACAGGGUUCCUUCAAGCUGUGUUGUCUGGCGACCUCGCCAACGCUUACCAGACCCAGACUUUGACCUUGGAGUCUACAGUUACUCUUUACGGUACCAUUGAGAAGUUGCCAGAGAACAAAACAGCAGCUGGUGGUAUUGAAAUCGUUGUUGACUUCUACAAAGUUGUUGGUUUGGCUCCUUCUGGUGAUGAUGCAUUCUCUAACAAGAUCCAGGAGAAUGCUGAUCCUUCUUUGUUGCUUGACCAGCGUCACUUGGCUCUCCGUGGUGAAACCCUUGCCGGUGUUAUGAAGGUUCGUGCUGCUUUCCUCAGAGCCAUCAGAAGAGUUUAUGACGAAGAGUCCCUUACAGAGGUUACUCCACCUUGUAUGGUUCAAACCCAAGUUGAGGGUGGUUCAACAUUGUUCAAGUUGGAUUACUACGGCGAAGAGGCCUACCUCACACAGUCCUCUCAAUUGUACUUGGAGACCUGCUUGCCGGCUCUUGGUGACGUUUACUGUAUCCAGGAAUCAUUCAGAGCUGAGAAGUCCCAUACUCGUCGUCAUUUGUCUGAGUAUACCCAUAUCGAAGCGGAGUUGGCAUUCCUUACAUUUGACGAUUUGCUGUCGCACAUCGAAAGAGUCAUCACCAAGACUGUCCAGUACACUUUGGAGGAUCCAAUCGCAGGCCCAAUCAUCAAGCAGUUGAACCCAGACUUCCAACCUCCAACCCUACCAUUCAAGCGUCUUGCCUAUGCCGAUGCCAUCACCUGGUUGAGAGAACACGGCAUCAAGAACGAAGAGGACAAGGAGUUCGAAUUCGGUGAUGAUAUCGCAGAAGCUGCCGAGCGUAAGAUGACUGACACCAUCGGCGUCCCAAUUCUGCUCACUCGCUUCCCUGCCGAGAUCAAAUCCUUCUACAUGAAGCGUUGUUCAGACGAUAGAAGAGUCACAGAGUCUGUUGACGUGUUGAUGCCUACUGUUGGUGAAAUCACCGGAGGUUCCAUGCGUUCCGAAGGCUUGGACGAACUGAUCGAAGGCUUCAAGCGUGAGAACAUCAAGGACUACGAGAAGGCCUACUACUGGUUCAUUGACCAGCGUAAGUACGGUACCUCUCCACACGGUGGUUACGGUUUGGGUACUGAGCGUCUUCUCGCCUGGUUGUGUAACAGAUUCACCGUCAGAGACUGCUCCCUCUAUCCACGUUUCAGUGGAAGAUGUAAACCAUGA